UCAGCCAUUGCUCUUAUGCUUUUUGUAUCUAUCUCAUCGGCAGUAGUUGCUGUCAGGUUAAGAGUUAAUUACAAAUGAGUUAGAGAACGCAAAAGAACAAUAACUAGUGGUGUCCAGUGCCUUUGUAAUAUCUCUUAGCAUAAUACAAGAUUCUAAGUCCUGAAAAGAUUAAGUUAAAAAUCAGUAGUUGGAGUUAGUACAUAGUCAGUUCCCAGGAGCACACAGGCCUAUUCAAGCAGCAGCGUCAAGGACCCACGUAAGAGGCUGCAUGUGAUUACAUCUGAGUAUCAUGGUGGAACUCAGUGAUAUUCCCAGUGCACCACUCAAGGUGGUGUUCGUCGUACACUUCAUCCUGUCUGCAUGGUAUCCUGCAAACUCAUCCAUUUUGAUCCAUGAUGGGGUUCUACCCGGAAAGCAGAUCGGAAUAUUCGUUAACAUUAACCAGAAAUUCAACCAUUGUUGCAGGGGUCUAGGACACUGGUGUCCUUUGUCCUACCUAUUCUACAACCUGCUCUUCUUCUUGAUACUUCUGUGGGCGGUACACCACAAGGAGAGCGAUGAGCCCAUGCAGAUGGCUGUAGCAGUGAAUGCCGUGUGCCUUGUUCUCGAUGUGAUGGUGAUAUCACUGUACUUUCCGCGCAGCAAUGAUGGAAGUGAACGUUUCAGUUGUGGCAUGGCCAUCUUGAAUCUCAUUAUUCGUCCCUUCACGACGUUGGUACUGUACCGUAUCUAUGUGGAACGAGCCAAUGCUGUUGGUGCGCCGCUUCCCACCAUCUUUGGGGGCACAGCCCAGAGGGGCCCAUAUGAGGACAUUGUUGGUGCAGUUCACCAGAGUGUGCCUCACACUGAUAUCCCCAGUCCAGUGGAGUAUGCUCCCAGCAGCAAGAUGCCACCUCCAUAUCACAGCUGAGGUGUUUGCAGUUUGGAAUAUUUAAUGUUGGGUACCCAGGGGUGGGGUGUGGGGACAGAACCUUGCCAUUCAUAACAAAAUAGAGCCAGAGGAAAAAUCCAUGACAUAAGAGGAAUUUGAAAACAAAAUGCUUGCAACAUCUAUACAGCUAGAACUGUGAAUCUGUGUAACCUCUUUCCUUUGUCCAGGCCUACAACCGUGCAAAGUGGAAAACAAUAUCCAAGGAAAAUUCUAAUUAUCUCUCUGUCUGGGGCUUCAUAAACAUGGCACACAAAAAGAACAUACAGUCUAGUUUUCCUUUUGGUGUUUGUCAUAGCCACUUGGGGUUUGGUCCAGAAAGAAUGUAACUGUAACAGAUUUGGCAUAUCCAUCUGUGGAUUAUCAGCUGCUGUGCAUCCCGUGUGGAACAAUUGUACUUUUGUGUUGUCAUAGAUUUUGAAAUGAAAGUUUGGGUUCUCUCUGAAUCAGUGUGUGGAUAUUGUGUUGGAAAUUGCCCAUUGUCGAGGUACAUUUGAUGUGCAUGUUUCAGAGAUGGAAUCUGUUUCCAUUGUCAGCUGUAAGGGGGGAAGGUUUCCUGUUCUUUUGGGCCUACUAGAUUGAGCCCUCUGAAUUACUGGCCAGUGGUCAGACCUGAUAACACAAACGGACCUGCUUUCUGAAACAUCAUAUAUAUAUACACACACGGUUUACCCCCACAGAAUUGAAAGUGUCCAGUGCAAUAAUUGUAUUAUCAGAAGCUAUAGCACGUUCACAAAAUAAGUAAAUUCUCUAAAUUCUAUGAAAAUUAAUAAUAUUAAUUUUACAAAUUCAGCGAUCAGCGCAACAAAUGUUUAUUAAUUUAACCAGACUGUAUGUUUCAGCCUCUAAAGGGUCAUCUUCAGGUGUUCUUAGUUAAUUUGUAAAAUUAAUAUUAUUGUGUUCAUGCAAUGGGAUGCAAACAGUAAGUAGGAGUGAAAAUUACUGUAAUGAGAGUGAAGCAGGCAACUAAGACCAAGAAUGUUCCAAGGGUUACUUUUAUUGUGCCCCUUUCAAUCCACAUGAUACUUCAAGCACAGUUUUGAUGUCUCUUUCAGUAUAAUCCCUCGUGCAACACAGCACAUGCUUUUACCUGUCUUGAGGCAAAUGGAAAAGUAAAUAUGCGUUUUACAUUAUCACUAAGUGUCUUUCACCAUCAGAGUAGUUAACUUUGCCUGUUCUGUGCAUGCCAUUAACCCAGUCCUUUGCAGAUCUUGAGGCAUGUGCGUUCAUGAUUUGAUGUCACAGUUAUUCUUUGUGUGACAUUUUAAAAUUUCUUGCCCAUCUCUUAGGCGUUAUUUUGGCAAGCAUUACAAAUCAAAAGUUACUGCUCCCUCUUGGUUUGUGAUGAAGUACCAUCAAAUUCAUUCCAGACACCAUUAUUUUCUUUAAUGCUGUGAAAAUGCCCAACCUGACAGGGUUGCUGUACCACAUAAAUAUUCAAAACCUUGCAGUAUAAAAACCUGCAAAAUCAUAAACCAUUCUGGAAGUAAAACGUAAAAAGUAAAAAGUGAAGUAUUUCACAAUGACAUUUUCAUAUUGAGUGAAUUUUGUGAGAAUUGGCCACAGAGGUAUCAAGGACGGACAGAGAGAAGAAUGGAGUGUACUAGAAAUGGAAACAAAAUGGCCUCAUUCCCAAUUUUUCUGGUUGGUAAUAUGCUGAAGGAUGCAGUGAUGCAUUUGUGUAAAUGUGUAACUUGCCUCUCUCUCCUUCAAUUCCGUACCACAGAACUAACAGACAACAAUCGGAGAUGCUGUGAAACUUACUUCAUAACCUUGCCAGUAUGUACAGUAGCAUGGUUGUUAACAUCGAUGUGUAGAUGUUGCAGCUGAGUUUUUGGAUGCGAUUGGAAUCCCCAUAUGGAGUCUCCUUCUGACUACAUGAGUAAACUUUAAUUUUGGAAUGUGACUGUUGUUCCUCAGAAUUUUCAGCUGCUGUAUAUUGUGAUUCUGACAGGGAAAGCAAGUGCAUGCUGAGUGAAGAGCAGGUACUUCUGCUGGUGCAUGUAUAUAUACAUAUAUUAGGCAAAGUUUUGCUGCUAUAUUAAUGUGUCUUAACAAGUAGUUUUGAAUAGGAGCAUAAAAUAUGCUUAAGGCAUUGCCUGGGCCAUUUUUGUAUAUACAUGAAUUUUUUCCAAAAUAAAGAAAAAGCUAUAUUAUAGACCUUGUCAAGUUAUUGAACUUAGUUAUUUUUGACAAAGUUUGUUUUUCACAAUUGUCUACUGGACUUUUCAACAGGCUGUAUGUCAUUGUUAUAUAUAAUAAUUUCCACACACAUCUGCUUGGCUAGGUAAAGAGUGAGAGUUCGUGGACAAGAUACAAGUUUCAUUCACUUACUAUGAGAGGUGUGAAUUUUUCCUUUGAAUUUUUUUAAUACGGCUUCUUGACACAUUACAAACGGUUAUCAGUGACAAGUAUGGCCAGGCGAUUACUGCAGUCACAAUUAACCGCUACACAACUUUCUCUUGUUGUCACCAUUACUGUUGUAUCCAGCAUUGUCAGUCAUUUUUAGUGUAAAAAUUUAGCCUUUUUUAAAUAUAUUGUAUAUUCACUAGCAAUAUGUUGAUAUAGCUAUGUAUGUGAUUAGUUCUUUUGUAGUGUAUUCUUCUUCUUAUUGGUAUAUGUGCAUAAGCGUACUGUAUAUGAAGAAUAUUUGUAUUUUGUUACUAUGAUCUAUGAAAUGCAUCUUCACCAUGCAAAGUUAAUUUGAAGAGUGUUUUCUGAAAAA